UCCAUCUUCUAGCCUGUGUCUGGACCUUCUUCCCCCUGAACUGCUGGAAAGCAGGUUGUACAGAGUCUGGCUCUUGAAACGAUGGGUGUACAUUUCCUGAAAGCGCAGAUUAAUUCUCCUAACCACGGUGCCAUUACCCCACCCGGGAGCUGAAAUGUCGACACCGGGACGUAGAGAGCAGCAGUCACGCCUCGGCCGUUCUUCUGUGGCCCCGCCCCACAUCCAGAUCCAGGAAAAGCUCACAGACCAGGUGAUGCAGAAUCCUCAAGUUCUGGCGGCUUUGCAGGAACGACUCGACAGCGUCUCACACACUCCUUCCAGCUACAUCGAGACUUUACCUAAGGCAGUGAAGCGGAGAAUCAACGCGCUGAAGCAGCUGCAGGUGAAGUGCGCUCACAUAGAAGCCAAGUUCUACGAGGAAGUUCACGACUUGGAGAGGAAGUACGCGGCGCUGUACCAGCCUCUCUUUGACAAGAGAAGGGAGUUCAUCACGGGUGACGUUGAGCCGACAGAUGCGGAGUCGGAGUGGCACAGCGAGAACGAAGAGGAGGACAAACUGGCCGGAGACGUGAAAGAUAAAGUAGUCAUAGCGGAAAAAGAAGCAGCAGCAGCAGAAGAGCCAAACCCCAAAGGAAUUCCGGAGUUCUGGUUCACCAUCUUCAGAAAUGUCGAUAUGCUGAGUGAGCUAGUGCAGGAAUAUGAUGAGCCAAUCUUGAAACACCUGCAGGAUAUCAAAGUGAAGUUUUCAGAGCCUGGACAGCCUAUGUCUUUCGUGUUAGAAUUCCACUUUGAGCCCAACGACUACUUCAGCAACUCAGUCCUGACCAAGACGUACAAGAUGAAGUCAGAGCCGGACAAGGCCGAUCCCUUUUCCUUUGAAGGCCCUGAAAUAGUUGACUGUGACGGGUGCGCCAUUGACUGGAAGAAAGGCAAGAACGUGACGGUGAAAACCAUCAAGAAGAAGCAGAAACACAAGGGCCGAGGCACCGUCAGGACCAUCACCAAGCAGGUCCCCAGCGAUUCCUUCUUCAACUUCUUCAGCCCGCUCAAAGCAUCAGGGGACGGAGAGUCGCUGGAUGAAGAUUCCGAAUUCACCCUGGCCUCGGACUUUGAAAUCGGCCACUUCUUCCGCGAGCGGAUAGUCCCGCGCGCCGUGCUCUACUUCACUGGGGAGGCGAUAGAGGAUGAUGACAACUUUGAAGAAGGCGAGGAAGGAGAAGAGGAGGAACUAGAAGGUGACGAGGAGGGAGAGGACGAGGACGAUGCUGACGUGAACCCCAAGGUGUAAUUUUUGUCUGUUAAUCAUUCGUACAUUGCUAGAAGGAGCCCAGCCAGCCCUCGGAGUGCAAGCAGCAGUGAGACUCACCUGCCGUGCGGCCGCCCUCGCGUGGACAGAGCGCACGCCUGCCUUGCUUCCCGUGCAUGAUGCUCACUUUAACGUCUCCUUUUUCUUUGUUAUUUUGCUUAACCUGUACAGUGGCGACUCCGAGGCAUUUCAGAAAUAGGAGGUUUAAUUCCAGCCUCCUCUACAGCCUUGGGCACAGCGCCGUGGACGCGGCCGGGCCCUGCCCGCCUUGGGUAGGCACCCCCAGAUCACAGCCGGUGGGGCCCCUUGACGCCAGGGGUACGUGGGCUGUGGCUCUGGGGCGCCCAGAGCCAGGACGGGCUCCUGCGUCAUUGGAAACACCCACACGCCGCUCCAGCUGCCUCGGGAGAGCCCUUCGCCUCUGGCUCUUCUUCCUGUGGUUCAUUUUCCUCGGGGCCCCUGACCCUGGUUCAUCUCGUAUUUAUUUGUUCUUCACGCCGGCGAGGGCUCGGGACACGCACUGUCGCUUGUCCUUCGAGUUUCUGGAACCAUCUUGGGGCCAGAGACCUGGUGCCCUGGGUGGGAGUUGGUGGUUGGGCUCCGGGACGAGGCGCGUGGAAGAAGCCGCUGCCUCCUGCCGGCCGCUGGCAGGAGCCAGUUCUCAUGACACGCAGACCACGCUUGGCUUUGCGGGGAGGGGGCUGCGGGCAGAGCCAGGAUUUGCCCGGCGGUGCCGGCGGCGGCAGUGGCGGCGGCGGCAACGCGGGGAGGGGCUCGGCCCGGGAGCGGGAGCUUCCCCCCUUAGUGCGUGAGUGUCCAGAGUUGCUUUCACCACAGCCCCCGUUUCUCGGCCCCACACUCAUCUGGUCCUAAAAGCCCUGGGUUCGGAGCGACGUGUCCUUGGCUGGCGUGUGGGUUUCGGAGCGCGUGACCGCAGCUCCUGGCAGCCGGAGCCCCGCGUCCUUGCUGUGGCCAGGCCUGUAGAGUGCUCAGCCUUCCUCACGAUGCGUUUGUAACUGACUACGGUGUUUUCAAUUUGUACAGAACAGUUAGAAUAUUCUAUUAAAGUUGUGAAACACA